AUUCUUCUUUUCCUCUAGUUCCGUCGGUAACCAGCUGUUUUGUGCCGUCGUUCCCUUUUUCCUUUGGCUGCCUGACCGGCCACCCGAAAGAUGUUCCGAAUUGGAUUAAAAUUUCCGUGCAACGGUCUAAAUAGGGUACGUAAAGUCAAAAAGAAUGGAUCCUCCAGACUGUAUUUGACAACUAGGUAUUAUGAGACACGUGCACGAAUUAAAUACGACCAGGAAUGUAGAUUUUCCAAGGAUGUCAAACUUAUAUCUCGAAUACCGAUACAUAAGUAUUCAACUGAAACACCAAAAAGGGAGAAAACCAGAGGAACCACAAAAACACUAUUAACUUUGACUGCUGUGGCAAUAGGAGCAUCAGGUGUAUUGCUUUAUGCAAAACAUGAUCCAAAAUUUCGUGCAAAUCUUGAAGGUUGGAUACCUGGCACAGACAAGACUAUUCAGAUCAUCUUUCAGGAGGAAUCAUCCUACUUUGAAUUCAUACGUACAUUCUUUGAAACAUUAAAGCAAACAAUUAUAAGUUCCCUUUUUGGAGGAGAACCAAAACAAACAGGUCAGAAAAGAAUAGAUUGUGAACAUAUUGAAGAUUAUAUACCACCAAAGCCAACUUUUGUACCGCUCAUUGAUAAGAAGGAACCACCUAUUAAUGAACCUUAUGCUGAAAUAAGAUUAAGUAAAGAAAAAGGAGAGGAAAUUGAAAUUGUUGCCGAAAAACCUACGCCGCCUCCUAAGGAUGUACCUGAAGAAUUAAUGCCAGAAAAUCUGGUGGAACUAGAAACAUCAUGCGGUGAAGCUGCAGCUAAAGCUAUUGCAGCUUAUCAGAAAGCAGUAUGUGUUAUUCAAGAUUACAAUAAAGAUGUGAUGAGAGUUGUAGAAAGUCUUCAUGCUACUGUUGGUAGUGCCAUUUGGAACAGACUAAAAGAAUCAACUGAGAAGAAGAAGGAGGCCGUUAAAGAAGCAGAAGACCUCGCCAAUGAAGCAAUUGAAUCACUCAAUAAAAUAUAUAAUUUAAUCAAAGAUCCUAAAUUUGACGCGCCAUCACAUAUGAAAACAGCUGCUCGAAGAAACAUUAAGAAAAUCAUGGAUGAUGUGGACGAAGCAAAGAAGAAAUAUCAAACAGAAAUAGAAUGUGGGAAUAUGGCAGACCGUUAUUGGAAACAAGUCAAAAUGGCUCGUGAAAAUCUUAACGAAGAACUUCAGAUACUAUUUCCUAAUAUCAAUAUUCAUGAAAAAAAAAUUACUCUUGAUGAAAAUACCUUUGAUUUGUUUGUCUUGCACAUGUAUAAUAAAGUAAGCAGCUUGCAGAGGGAAUUGGAAAAAAUAAGGACGAUCAACGAGAGUAGAAUCAGAGCAGCAUUAAAGGCAACGGGCGAAACAAUGACUGAAGAAAGAUUGCAUAUAGUGUGCCUUGAAUUGGACAAGGAGAAACAGAUCUAUGAGAGUGAGUUCAGUCAAAAGUUGUUGGAGGAGCAGAAAAAGUUCGACGAUGAACUGCGGCGACAAUUGAAAUUGCAAGAGCAGGUGCAUGCCGAUCAUCUUCAGGAAACGAUCACGUUGAAGGAAGAAGAAGCGGAGAGGAAUCUUCAACGUGCGCUCAACGAGCAAUCCGAGCAGGACAGUAUAAAACACAAGGAACAACUCGCGGCUGUCAUUGGAAGGCUACGUGGCGUUGAAGCUGCGUUUAAGGCUCGCAUGGAGGAAGAAAGGGAUGCAACCAACGCUCAGAUUCUUUGGUCAGCUUGCACAGCCUUGGCACGCGCUAUUAAAUCAGGGCCACCAGGCGCGCCCAUUGAGAAAAUCGUCAGGCCCCUGGAAUCGGAAAUCAAGGCCGUGUGUAAGGCAGCCCCGAAAGAAGAUCCUCUGGUGAUGGCUGCUAUUAAAGGCAUUCCUGUGGAAGCUGCGAAGAGGGGAGUAUUCCCGGAGGACAUUCUUCGUGAAAGGUUCCUCAAGGUGGAACAAGUGGCCAGACGAUUGGCCAUGGUGCCCGAGGAGGGCGCAGCACUGCCUAUUUAUUUGCUAAGUUAUAUUCAGAGCUAUUUGAUGUUCAAGGAUGUCUGCCCUAUCUCUCGUUCAGAACUCGAGGACAAACCUUUCGAUGUAGAGAAUCUUAAUACAUUCGAUAUACUCAAUCGAGCCAGGUAUUGGCUCGAUCGUGGCGAUUUCAAAAUGACCCUCCGCUAUAUGAAUCUUCUAAAGGGGGCGCCAAGAUCGGUCGCCAAGGAUUGGAUGAACGAAACUAGAAUCCUCCUCGAGACCCAACAAGUUGUGGAAACGCUGUUGGCGUAUGCUGGUGCUAUGGGCCUAAUGUUCCUCGGCGCUGGAGAUUCGAAGUGUUCCAGCAAACAGCGCCUGCAACAGACCGUGGAUCGACGAUCUUGGCGAAGAAGGAGAAGAAAACUCAUUAGGAAACGGCGGCGAAUUGCUGAAAGAGCCCGAAGACUGAGGAAACGAGGAGCAAGAUGGACGUACAAGAGCAUCCGGUCCGCUGUCAAUCGUGUACUCGGUUGGAUUAUGUGGAAAAAUGGGAGAGAUAGAAACGAGGAACAGGUUAGGUUCGAGGUCUGUUUGCGAUCAAUUACGAAUUCGAGCGAGGAUAAAGGAAAAAUGAUUCUUCUCGUGCAAAGAGAUAAGUCUUAAAGCGAUUGGAAAUUUGUAUUUCGGAGAAUGUAAUUUUUCCCCCCUCUUUUUUCCGUAUAUCGAUUUUAUCGAAAGAGAUCGCGUGAUAGAAGUGAAAGAAUCUUGUAUAUCGUAGGAAUAUUUUACAAAAGAUCGUAAAAAAAAAAAAGAAACAUGGCGAAAAGAUCGUAAAAUAUUUUUACGAAAUGAUCGUAAAGAAGAUGGGGCGUAUUUUAUUGCAGGCAUUUUCUUGUAUAUCGAUGUCAGGAUUAAAAGAGUAUUAUCUAUUGUUAUUAUUAUUAUUACCCCGAUAUUUCGUAUUAGAAAAUAUCGAAAUGUUCAUAUAUAUGUUCAUAAGAAUUACAAGUGUGAGAUUUAGGUUAUAAGAAUUUCGAGUUGUGAACAUUUCGAAUGAACAAGCGGAAGAGAAGAAAUAGGAAGAUAAGUUGCUGUUUCCUGUGAAGCAUUUCCUCUGAAAAGAAAAAAAAAACGGAGGAAUUAU